AUGAUGCACUAUUUGAAAAAAAAAGUUAAAAGAGGAUCAUUUUUUGUGGUUUAUGAAUAGAAUUAUAAUAAUCGAUUUGAUUUUGAUGUAUAAAGCAUAUCAUUAAUUAGAAUUAUUUACAUUACAAACCUAUAAAUCUAAUGGAUAUUAUUAGAAGACUUUAUUUUUAAUUUUUGGCUCAGUAGGUCUGGCAAAUUAAUAAUGUUAUGAUCAUUUUAUAUCUAAAUCUGAUUGGCUGUAUGGAUUUGAGUAAUGGAAGAUCGAAUAGAUUGGAAUGA